AUGGAGGCGACGGCGAUGAGCUUGGGCAAGGCUGUGCUGGGCGGAGCGCUCAGCUAUGCCAAGUCCCAGGCCGCGGAGGAGGUGGCCCUGCAGCUCGGCGUCGAGGACGACGUGAUCUUCAUCACCGACGAGCUGCAGAUGAUGCAGUCGUUCCUGAUGACAGCCGACGAGGAGCGAAGCCAGAGCAAGGUGCUCACGACCUGGGUGACGCAGGUCCGCGACCUGGCCUACAACGUGGAGGACAGUCUCAUGGAUUUCGGCCUCCACGCUGGGAAGAAGCCCAUCUGGGGGUGCAUCCCCCGUAACCUGUGCGAUCGACGUCGCAUAGCCAAGGAGGUGAAAAAGCUAAGGGCCAAGGUCGAGGAUGUAAGCAACAGGAACCUGCGCUACCGCCUCAUCAAGGAUGGCUCAAGCUCCAAGCCUGCCGGUGCGGUGGCGGAGCAGUCUGGCGCCUCUGAUGGUGCAGCAAUGUUUGGCAUAAACCAAGCCAUGAUUGCUGCCGUAGAGCACCAACAGUCCAAGGCAGACCUUCUGCAGCUGGUCACUAGCAAGGAGGUCGACCUGAGGGUGAUGGCUGUGUGGGGAACAACCGGUGAUCCUGGGAAGACGGCCGCCAUCCAUGAGGUUUAUAAUGACCCAAGUGUGACCUCAAGGUAUGGAGUCAGGGCAUGGGUUAGGCUGAUCCACCCUUUCAAGCCAAGAGUGUUUCUUCAUAGCAUGGUAAGGCAAUUCUUUGAAAAUGUUCAUGAUAAGCCUCAAGGGGGAGAAGAAGUAGUAAUGAAUGUUGGGGCAAGUGUUCUUCUCAAGAUGGAGAAGAUGAACCAAAGUGAUUUAGUGUACACGUUUACUACACAGUUGAGUAGCAAUAGCUAUCUAAUUGUAAUAAAUGGCCUACGCACAAUAGAAGAGUGGCAAUGCAUCAGAAGGUACUUCCCUGACAACAAGAAACAGAGCAGAAUCAUAGUGUCCACUCAGCAAGUUGAGGUUGCAAGCUUAUGUACAGAGCAACCAUACCAAAUGUCCGAGUUCAAGCAGCUCCCGUAUGACCAAACACUUUAUCUGUUCCAUAGGAAGCAGGACUCAGAGGAGCGGACCAGUGCAUCAAAUUUUGACGAAAAUGAAGCAAAACCUGCUGAUUUAGAGGAGGGAAAAUCAAAUGUGAACCACCACAACUUGACCAAGAAUGAAAAUCUCAAGAAGAUUUAUGCUACAGAUGAGCUGAUCCUGGUUAUUAUUCCUGAGCCCAUCUGUGACCCAGCAACGCCUAGUAAUGAGAUACAUGAAGAAUAUCAACAACCAAAGAGUACAGGUGGAAAUAAUUUCUGUACCUCAACGGCUAGAAAAAGUUUGAUCGCAGGAGGACAAUGGCACUGGAUGAUGAUGUACUUGUUGGGAGAAAGACAGAGAAAUCCAAAGUAA